AACGAUGAAAACGACGAUGCUGAAGGCGAGCUCAAUGAGUUGCCAUCACGGAGGCACAGACGUAACCAGUCUCAGACCCCAUCAAAACCAGUUCCCGUUACGCCCGCCACUUCUCGGCACCGAGAUGUAUUUGCCUCUUAUCCCAGCACUCCGCGGCACGCCGUCAUGUCGGCGGGCAAGCUGUUUAAGCGAAUGACACCUCAGUCGCCACUCACGCCCACCACCAUCCAGACCGUGUACCAUCAAGCUCGACAGCUGUUUGCCAGAGGAUCUGAGCCUGGCCAGCUGGUGGGAAGGGAAGCCGAGCGACAGCAGUUGACAGUAUUCCUGGAUCGCGUUUCGACAUCAUCUCCCGGAGGCUGCAUCUACAUCAGCGGUCCCCCCGGUACCGGAAAGAGUGCCAUGAUCACCAGCAUGACAAAGGCGUACGCCGAGAAGGAUGGAGUUCGCAGUGCAUACGUCAACUGCAUGAGCAUCAAGUCGUCAAAGGAUCUAUAUCACACACUGCUAGCUGCUCUCGGUGAAGACAGCAGCGACCUAUCAGAAGCAGAGGCCAUCUCAUCUCUGCAGAAAAUGUUUUCUUCCAAGGCCAAGUCGUCGGCCACCUACCUCGUCACCCUUGAUGAGGUUGAUCAUAUUCUUACAUUGGAUCUGGAGAGUCUGUAUCGGGUAUUUGAAUGGUCUCUGGCAAAGUCCUCCAGGCUUAUGCUCCUUGGCAUCGCCAACGCUCUGGAUCUUACAGACCGGUUUUUACCACGACUCAAAUCAAAGAAUCUUAAGCCGGAGCUACUUCCUUUCCUGCCAUACACCGCGGCUCAGGUCAAGAACAUCAUCAUUACCCGGUUGAAAUCGCUGAUGCCGGAAGGAAAGGAAUCUUAUGUUCCAUUUAUUCAUCCCGCCGCCAUCGAGCUCUGUUCUCGCAAGGUUUCAAGCCAGACUGGUGAUCUACGCAAGGCAUUUGAGAUAUGUCGUCGGGCUCUAGAUCUGGUCGAAGCCGAGACCAGGUCAAAGCACGAGGAGGCAGCGCGGGAAAAGUUUUUGCAAUUGACACCUACCAAGAAGCCUCUUGGAGAGAACAUCAACGGCAACUCGACUGGAGGGUCCACUCGAAGCGUCUACCAGAUUACAACGGCAUCGCUCAAGGCAUUGACUGCAGAGACUGCUCCACGAGCUUCAAUUGGCCACCUGAACAAGGUCACGGCUGCCGCCUUCAGCAAUGGAACUGCCCAGCGCCUCAAGGCCCUCAACCUACAGCAGAAGGCUGCCUUGUGUUCAUUGGUGGCCUACGAAAACCAUAUUCGAACGAUGGCCAAGGCGCCUGGUGCGCCUCUUACCCCCAGCAAGACACAGACACUGGCACCCACAAUCAAGGUGCUCUUUGACAAGUACUGCAAGCUGUGCCUUCGUGAUUCAGUGCUUCAUCCCUUGUCGAGCUCCGAGUUCCGCGAAGUGGUGGGCAGCCUCGAGACCCUCGGGCUCGUCAAUGCAGUGGAGGGAAAGACGGGCAGUUUCAUAAUGCCGCAGACACCUAGCAAAAGGGGUCGAAAAGCGACGGCUGCCAGUGGUGACGAAAAGCGGAUUGCCAGCUGCGUCGGAGACAAGGACAUGGAGACAAUUGCCGACGGCGUUGGUGCCGACAUCUUGAGAAGCAUUCUGUCAGGCGAGGCAUUGGACUAA